GCUCCAAGAGUGACCGCGCCCCUGCCUGCCGGCCCGGGGCCUCCUCGCAGUUCGCCGGCUGCUUCUUAAAGGAGCCGCGCCCCCUUUCGGGCCUGCUCUCCGCAGACCACGCCCCCUCGCUGGUCACUCUUAAAGGAGCCGCGUCCCCGGCUCGCUGACAGCUUCUGCACAAAGCCUGGGUCUAUUUCCUUGCUGAAACAAGCUUGAUGCUGCGGUUGUUAGAAGAUAAAGGCUGGGGUGGAAGUGGGGAGCGAGAAAUAGAAAAGGAAAGAAGGACCUGAGACCUCCAAAGUGAGAGAGCAUCGGAAGGUUGGAAAAUAGUGGGUGAGGGAACCGGUUGGCGGCACUGAGCAUGCCCGAGUGUUUCCAAGGACCGCAGAGAAAACGCCCCCUUAGUCGGCCUACACUGCGACUGCGGCGGUGCCCGCUCAGUGCCCAGCCCUGGGGACACAGAAGAAUCACACGUUUUCCCUGGACGAUCUCUCCAGUUCGUGGGGAGCGAGAUCUGGACAUAAGUAACCAUGCCGCGACACUACAUGUGACGAGCGUGUUCAUGAGAUGUACACGCUUUGGGGGUACAGCGAAAAGCUCUUGAGGUCUGUGGUCUGAAAGGUGCUGGAAGCAGAGCCUGUGAGCGUGGUCCAGGACUCCAGGCCCCCGCCCCCCAACCUGCUGCUGCCAUGGUAGGAAAAGGUGCCAAAGGGAUGCUGAAUGGUGCUGUGCCCAGCGAGGCCACCAAGAGGGACCAGAACCUCAAACGGGGCAACUGGGGCAACCAGAUCGAGUUUGUACUGACGAGCGUGGGCUAUGCCGUGGGCCUGGGCAAUGUUUGGCGCUUCCCAUACCUCUGCUAUCGCAACGGGGGAGGAGCCUUCAUGUUCCCCUACUUCAUCAUGCUGAUUUUCUGCGGGAUUCCCCUCUUCUUCAUGGAGCUGUCCUUUGGCCAGUUUGCAAGUCAGGGCUGCCUGGGGGUCUGGAGGAUCAGCCCCAUGUUCAAAGGUGUGGGCUAUGGCAUGAUGGUAGUGUCCACGUAUAUCGGCAUCUACUACAACGUGGUCAUCUGCAUCGCCUUCUACUACUUCUUCUCGUCCAUGACGCAUGUGCUACCCUGGGCUUACUGUGAUAACCCCUGGAACACGCCUGACUGUGCCGGGGUGCUGGACGCCUCCAACCUCACCAAUGGCUCCCGGCCUGCCACCCCACCAGGCAGCCUCUCCCACCUGCUCAACCACUCCCUCCAGCGGACCAGCCCCAGCGAGGAGUACUGGAGGCUGUACGUGCUGAAGCUCUCAGACGACAUCGGGAACUUCGGAGAGGUGCGAUUGCCCCUCCUUGGCUGCCUCGGUGUCUCUUGGGUGGUGGUCUUCCUCUGCCUCAUCCGAGGGGUCAAGUCUUCAGGGAAAGUGGUGUACUUCACAGCCACGUUUCCCUACGUGGUGCUGACCAUCCUGUUCGUCCGAGGUGUGACCCUGGAAGGAGCCUUCACCGGCAUCAUGUACUACCUGACCCCCCAGUGGGACAAGAUCCUGGAGGCCAAGGUGUGGGGGGAUGCUGCCUCCCAGAUAUUCUACUCGCUGGGCUGCGCCUGGGGAGGCCUCAUCACCAUGGCUUCCUACAACAAAUUCCAUAACAACUGCUAUCGGGACAGCAUCAUUAUUAGCAUCACUAACUGUGCCACCAGCGUCUACGCCGGCUUCGUCAUCUUCUCCAUCCUGGGCUUCAUGGCCAAUCACCUGGGUGUGGACGUGUCCCGUGUGGCUGACCAUGGCCCUGGCCUAGCCUUCGUGGCUUACCCCGAGGCCCUCACCCUGCUGCCCAUCUCCCCACUCUGGUCCCUGCUCUUCUUCUUUAUGCUCAUCUUGCUGGGGCUGGGCACUCAGUUCUGCCUCCUAGAGACACUGGUCACAGCCAUUGUGGAUGAGGUGGGAAAUGAGUGGAUCCUGCAGAAAAAGACCUACGUGACCUUGGGUGUGGCCGUGGCUGGGUUCCUGCUGGGCAUCCCUCUUACCAGCCAGGCAGGCAUCUACUGGCUGCUGUUAAUGGACAACUAUGCGGCCAGCUUCUCCUUGGUCAUCAUCUCCUGCAUCAUGUGUGUGUCCAUCAUGUACAUCUAUGGGCACAGGAACUACUUCCAGGACAUCCAGAUGAUGCUGGGCUUCCCACCACCCCUCUUCUUCCAGAUCUGCUGGCGCUUUGUGUCUCCAGCCAUCAUCUUUUUCAUUCUCAUCUUCACCGUGAUCCAGUACCGGCCAAUCACCUACAACCACUACCAAUACCCAGGCUGGGCUGUGGCCAUCGGCUUCCUGAUGGCUUUGUCCUCCGUCAUUUGCAUCCCCCUUUAUGCCCUGUUCCAGCUCUGCCGCACAGAUGGGGACACGCUCCUCCAGCGUUUGAAAAAUGCCACAAAGCCAAGCAGAGACUGGGGCCCCGCCCUCCUGGAGCACCAGACUGGGCGCUAUGCCCCCGCCAUCCCACCCUCUCCUGAAGACGGGCUUGAGGUCCAGCCGCUGCACCCGGACAAGGCCCAGAUCCCCAUGGUGGGCAGUAACAGCUCUAGCCGCCUGCAGGACUCCCGGAUAUGAGCACAGCAGCCCGGGGAGGGCCCCACCCCCGCCCGUGCUCCCACCACAGAGACUGGGGAGAGAGGGGAUGGGUGUCACCACCUGCCCCUGCCAUGCCCUGGCCAGGGCGGCUGUUGUCACUUGGUCAGCACUGGUCAUUUGUGCUCGUGUCCCCAGUGUUUACAGGUCCUUUGGAUGCCAAGAUGGCAGCUGGGGAUGGGUUUGGGCAAUAGGAGGGUUGCCAGGGGUGGGGCCAAAGCACUUUGGAGGGGGUCUCAGGCCAGGUCCACAGAGAUCUGCUGGGCUUUACAUGGCCUCUGAUGCCCUCAUACUCUGUCCGGAGCUGCGGUUCUAGGUGGGCCCUACCUGUCCUGGUCCUCAGGCCUCCAGCCUCCUGACCAGUGUUCCUGCCCCCAGAGCAGACCCCAGCCUCUGCCCAGGCAGAUUUGGGUCUUCCUAUCCAGGGGCAAGUUUGGGGCUAAGGGGCUGUACAGUGUUAUUUGUUAGGCUGUGCUGCCCAGCCCUGUUUGUCUGUGUAAUUAUUUUUGUAAAAAUCGUAUUCUCUGUGGUUGCCACUCCCAUGCCCCCCACCUUGGGCCCCUCUGUCUUCCCUGCCUGCCUGCACCUCACUCGGCUGCUCUGGGGUUUCCACACCUCAUUCCAGCCCUGGCUGUCACGCCCAGCCAGCAAAGGCCCAUGACCCAGCAGCCUGCCCAAAGCACUCGUUUCUGAGGGGUAGGGGUGGGGGUGCUGCUCAGCAGGAGGUUUGAGCCCCGAGCCCUAGGGAAGGGGACCUUACACAAAACCCCCUCGUCCUCCCUCCACCAGGCUGAGGUCCGGUCCUCCCAAACUGGGCUGCCCUUGUUCAUGUGCCAAAUGGCCCCAUCCUGCGUGCCCCAUCCCCUCUGGAGCCAGAGCUCCCUUCGCCCCAGCCCCGCAGUGUCCGUCUGUCUAUCCUCUGUGCCCCUCUGUGCAGUGACAGCCCCGAAGAGCCGCCUCUAAUCGUCUGUAGCAAUAAUGGUGCAUCGCCCACCCCUACCCAUCCGUGCACCACUAGGAUUUUAAAGUCCAUAGAUUUUAAUGAAAUUUCUAUUCCUGUCUCUGA